AUGGGACUCAGAAACAAAGUCCCCGCAGGCCCGUACACCCCCGAAACCCAUCCCCAGGUGCGCAUGCCUUCCCUCCAAGUCGGCUCGCUCUACAUCAUGAUCUCCGUCCCGCUCCCCGUCUACUUGGGCCGCCAGAAGCACAGCUACCCAACCGCCGUACCCCCUUCGCCUGGAUUCCCUCACAGCACAUACGAGCUCGACGUCACCAGCGGCGCCUAUCCCGAAGAAUUCCACUGGGACCUCUAUCUCCACACCUCCUCGACCCCUGAUGGCGGUAGCGGUAUAAUCUACCGCCUGCGCAACAUUGGCACCCGUCCGCCUACCUACGAGUACGACCGCAUUCCGACCUUCCGAGUGCUUACGCAUGCUCAGCUCGUCGGCCUUGUCCGCGUCGUCAGCGUGCCCCGAAGCGUCGUCCCGCACUUGACCCGCUACCUCGAGUGGAUGACAGAGGACACCGCCAAGAUCGCACAGCGCAGCUUCGUCUGGGCGACUAUGGCCUACUACCGCACACGCCUUCACCUCGCAAAGGCGAUGGGUAUCCGAGACCACACGUUCAACCAGUUCGACAUCUCGCGCUUCACGUCGGAGCUGCUUUCGUUCGCGUACGGAGAGGUGCCGGGGGUGCUUCUGGGUGCCGAGACUGGUCCCAGGCCGGUUAUUGAUUCGUGGAUGGGAGCCGCUAUUGACUUUCUGGAGGACGACGACGCUCUGGCUACGCGCCGGAAGAGGGACGAGCUUAUGAGGUUGCAGAAGGAGAGAUUCGGUGCUGUUUCGGCGUGUUGGUACCAGUGA